AUGAUCCGACUGGCUGAUGGUGUGACACAACAACAGGGACGGUUGAAUAAAACCCGCUUGCUUUGCUGGAUCAUGACUUCUCCCAUGACGGUAGAAACCAAAGCCUCCGCGAUUGCGAGGACAUGGGCAAAGAGAUGUCAUCACACGCUAUACAUGAGUUCUCAAAAUAGCACAAAUUUUCCCGGCACCGUCAUUGGGCUAGAAGUAGCGGAUGGGCGACCUGCCCUCUGGAACAAGACGAGAAAGUCCUUAGAGUACAUUUACAAACACCAUUUCAACGAUGCUGAUUGGUUUCUCAAAGCCGAUGAUGACACCUACGUUGUCGUCGAGAACUUGAUGGCGUUUUUAUCCAACCGAGAUCCCGCUGAACCGGUCUAUUAUGGGUUUAAUUUUAAUAUGACAUUGCCAUAUUUGAAAUCCAAAUCGAAGAAUAUAGACUAUCCCAGCGGUGGAGCUGGGUAUGUGAUCAGCAGAGAGGCACUCAAGCGCUUUGUGGAAGUAGGACUCAAGAAUCGGACAGGGUGUUGUCCAAGUGCGUACAAUGACUGGCCGGAAGACAUGUGCUUGGGACUGUGUAUGGAAAGCGUUGGGGUUCGUUCAGAAGAUCAUCGCGAUCAGUUUGGACGGUUUCGCUUCCUGCCCGUAUAUCUUAAGUAUUUCUUGGACGAUAGUUCAGCGACUCUUGAUUGGUUACACCAUCAGUCUACGUACGGCAUCACAAGGGGGAAAAACUGCUGCUCGGAAUCACUAAUAAGUAUCCACUACGUCAAACCGGGGGAUAUGCUGGUCUACGACUUCCUACUGCAUAAUGUUACUAUAGGUGUUCUCGACGAAUAAGCAAGUCAU